GUGUGUGUGUGUCGGGACGGCUCCGGGAGGUUCUGUGUCUUUAAGGCCGGAUCUGACGGCUCUCUGUCGGCUGACGGCGGUGCCACGCUGCGGCGCCUGCUCAGUGCGCAUCCCCGGGACCUGGAGCUGCUCCGACCCGCGUGAGACGGAGUGUGUGUGUGUGUGUGUGUGUGUGUGUGUCGGAGCUAUGGAUCGACGGAGCGAGGCUAUUGUUCCGCCCGGUGGGUUGUCCUCUCCGUCCCGGUGGUGAUGCUCCGUGUUCGCGCAGGACCGACGACUCCAGAGGAACCGACACUGACAUGAAGAAAGACAUUGAGAAGCUAAUCGCAGAGGAACGUGCCGACAUCAUCUUGAAAUAUGCUACAGGCCGGCAGGGCGGGGUGGAGAUCGACCCUUGGGAAGAUGCCGACUACAGCGUCUACAAAGUCACAGACCGCUUCGGCUUCAUGCAUGAGAACGAACUUCCGGCCCCGACGGCGCACGAGGAGAAGUUGAAGCAGCUGGAGAUAGAACGAGCAGAGAAAUGGCUGAAGAUGGUGAAGAAGUGGGAUAAAUACAAGAGCAGUGACAGGAUGGUGAAGCGGGUGUACAAGGGCAUCCCCCUGCAGCUCCGCGGCCGAGCCUGGGCCCUGAUGCUGGACGUGGAGAGGACCAAGAAGGAGAACGAGGGCAAGUACGAGAAAAUGAAGGAGCAGGCUCGACUCUACUCGUCCGAGAUCAAACAGAUCGACCUGGACAUCAACAGAACCUUUCGAAACCACAUCAUGUUCAUGGAUCGCUUCGGAGUCAAGCAGCAGUCCCUCUUCCAUGUUCUCUCAGCGUAUUCCGUCUAUGACACAGAGGUGAGCUACUGCCAGGGGAUGAGUCAGAUCGCCGCCCUGCUGCUCAUGUUCAUGAACGAGGAGGACGCCUUCUGGGCGCUGUCGCAGCUGCUGACCAAUCAGAGGCACGGCAUGCACGGAUUCUUUGUUCCCGGGUUCCCCAAACUCCAGAGGUUCCAGACGCAUCAUGAUCAGAUUAUUUCCAAACUCAUCCCCAAACUGAAGAAGCAUCUGGACAGAGAGCAGAUGUCUGCAGGGAUCUACAGCACUAAAUGGUUCCUACAGUGUUUUAUCGACAGGACGCCGUUCACCCUGACUCUCCGCCUGUGGGACGUCUUCAUCCUGGAGGGCGAGCGGCUGCUCACCGCCAUGUCCUACACCGUCCUGAAGACGCACAAGAAGCGUCUGGUGAAGAUGUCUCUGGAGGAGCUCAGGGAGUUCCUGCAGGAGCGAAUCGCUCAGACGUUCUUCCACAGCGACGACGUCAUCGUCGAGCAGCUCCAGGCCUCCAUGACGGAGCUGAGGAAGAUGAAGCUGGACCUUCCUCCCCCAGGGAAGGCGGACGAGUUGCCCCGGAAGCCUCUGGGUCAGGAGCUGCCGGUGCUGCUCGCUCCGGUGCAGUCGACCCGAGGGAAGACGUCGUCCGCCAGCGGGUUCCCCAGAACUGCUCUGAGCCUCCACAUCAUCUCCCACCAGGCUGACACCAUCUCCCCCGACCAGAGCCCCUCCAAGGACCCCCGGGAUCUGGACGCCGAGGAGGACGAGGCCCCGCUGCCUUCCCCCGACCCCGUCAUCAUCCACAGCCGGGCGCCGCCCACGCCCGGCGGCUCCCCGCUGAUGGGGCCUCCGCCCUACCAGCCCCCGGGGACCCGGACGGAUGAGGGGAGGGACGAACCAGCACCGACCUCGGCCGAUGACUCCUCCGGCGCUGAGCGAUCCUGCGGGAUCCCACGGACUCUCUCGGCGCCUGUAGUCCAGGCGUCGGCGCCCGGGUCGGUCCCGGUCCAGUCGAGUCUGUCGGCAGCAGAGGAGGAGGCGGAGGACGGACGCCUGGUCCAACUGCUGCAGCAGGCGUCGGCUCUGUGCACCGACAAGAACCGGAAUCGGGACUCGAGUUCAGCAGCAGAGGAAACACCGGCGCCAGACGUUUCAUGAAACCAUCGAGUCACCGACGCGAUUCCUCCUCCGUCUAUUGGAUCACGAGUCAGUGGAUACAGAAUGAAUCCGUCAGAUUAUUGUCAGUGUCGGUCAGUAACUGUCAUCCGCUUCAGGGCCGGUUCUCAUAUCGGUGAUGUAACCUGUCAGUAUUGAAGAGGCGAUGUCUUUGUUGUUCAUUUUUCUAAAACUUCUUUAAAAAGUUGUUUAACGUCCGUAAGAAGCUGUUUGGAUUUUUGAAUCUGUUGUCAGGUGAAGCGACAGUGUGACUGUCGACCUUUAACCUUCUGUCCGUGUUUAACUGUUCACCUGCCAGAGGUCAAAGUGCAAAAACAAACCGGAUUGAACCAGCUCGCGCCUGUUGCGCUCACGCCUGUCCUGACAGGUCCGAUUAUUGAUUAUCAGUUUUCUUUCUGUGUUUCUCCGUUUCAUCGUUCAGGCGUCAUCACCCUUUAUAAUAGAAAAAGGAGAAAAAAAUCUUUUGUAGUUUUGUAACGUCUCGUCAGAGAACAACGCGUUCGCUCGGCCUUUGUAAAGAUGUUUGCUAGCAGAAGCACAGGUUUAUUUUUUGUACCAAUGUCUCGAUGCCUUCUUCGUAACGGCUUCAGUUUGUUUGUGGACGUUUUUCUGAUGUAACAGAGGAAGUGAUGCGGUUCGACUGAACACGAGUGAACACGGAGACCUCUGACGUGGUGAGCUGGCUCACUGUCAUGAUUGUGGAAACAUGUUGAGCUGCUUUUAAAUAAGUGGACAUGUAGCUCAGUAAUUUAUUGUUUUGUUCUCAGAAAUGUACGGUGGCCCUGAGGUGCAAAACACAGUGGGAAAAAAACUAAAAACACAACGACAUUAACGUCGACGGGAACAUGUGUUGGUCUCUGUCACACGGCUCCUCGCUGGUUGGACGAGACACUGACUGACUGUGUUUCCUGUUGGUCGUGUGAUUUGCACUUCAGGGCCACCGUAGAAAAGCUUCCGGCUCGCUUCAAAAUCCGCUCGUUCCUUUUCAAGAACCGAAGAAUCUGCGUCGUUUCCUCUGAAGCUCUUGAUUUGUUCUGAUUCAUGACCUUGUGUUGAUAAGAGUUCGUGACAUCGUAGAAGAGUUGGGACCAGUUUCCACUCUGAGGGAAGAAAACUCACUUCUUCAGCUUUGUGCUGGUAGAAAUGAGAGGUCGACAUCUUGUGGUGAGUUUAGAUAAAACACGUCUCUGUAGAUUCUGUAGACGACGAGACGAUGGGAAUGUUUGAACCUUUAGAUUUAAUCCAAAGUAGAAAGAAACAAACAUCAGAUCGUAAAAAAGUCCUGCGAUUUAAAAGCCAUAAUGUUGAAUUCUGUGAAAAUGUUGUUGAGGACGUUGGAGCUGAAACAGAAUGGUUCUGAAUUAUUAUGUAUCUGUAAGUUUAGCCACAGUUCAAUAUUUUAAAUGAGGACGUUGUGACAGUGACCUCAGGUCAGAAUGUGUGACGACGUGUUUGAUUCAUGGUUUACAGAUUUACUGUACGAUGACAUCAGCAGAAGUUUUUUCUUCAGGUCUUUGAAGAGGUUUGAUGAAACAAAUACAACUGUUAUCCUCCUUUAAUCUCUGUGUGAUUCUUUAUUUAAGGUCACAGGUGUCAACUUAUUCAUUUUCCUUUUUUUACUUUCAUUCUGUUUUGCUUCUGUUCAGCUGGACAUUAAAAAGAUGCUGCAUGUUA